AUGCUGUUUACCAUUACUUUAUUGGGUGUCGUCUCCACGGCUAUCGCCCAUGGUACCGUUUCCUCUAUAGUUGCAAACGGUGUCUUUUUUGAAGGCUACAAUCCAUCAUAUCAAUACAUAACUCCCGCUCCUGUGACCGUCGGCUGGAAAAUUCCCCAAGAUCUUGGCAAUGGAUUCAUCGCUCCUGACAGCUUUGCAACAUCAGAUAUCAUCUGCCAUCUUGCCGCCACCAAUGCAUUGACGGCAGCGCCGAUCGAAGCUGGAAAAAGCUUGGAGCUUUUGUGGACUCCUUGGCCGACAACCCAUAAAGGCCCUGUUCUCGAUUAUCUAGCCAAUUGUAACGGUCCAUGCGAAACUGUGGACAAGACUACCCUCGAAUGGUUCAGAAUCGACGCAGUUGGCCUUAUAGACAAUAGUCUCACAGAUGGAUACUGGGCCACAGACCAACUUAUCGCAGACAACAACACUUGGACCGUUGUAAUUCCUCCCACAAUCGCACCAGGAAAUUACGUGCUGCGUCAUGAGAUUAUUGCCUUGCACUCUGCUGCCUCUGCCAACGGCGCACAGAGCUACCCGCAAUGUGUGAAUCUUGCUAUUUCAAGCUCAGGGACGGCUACACCUGCCGGUGUUCUAGCGACGACCUUUUAUUCUGCCACUGAUCCGGGGAUUUUAUUUGAUUUGUAUGGAACGUUCACUUCGUACACUAUUCCUGGCCCUCCGACUUAUAGUGGUGGUGUUACUAUUUCCCAGACGCUGCCGCCGACGCCCACGGCUUCUGCGACGGGCGUGUAUACCGUAUGA